AUGGCGAGUGAGGCAGCUGGCUACCCUGACGGGGCUGAAGCCAAGGCCAAAGUGAAGAAGCCGAGGCCUCCGCCACCUCCACCGCCUCCAGCCCUGGCUACGGCCUCACUUCUUGUCCGUGGCGCGGCCGCACGGGUUUUUGGCCUCCAGCCUGGGCCUUGCGGAGGCGAGCUGCAAACCAUUUGGCAGAACGAGCCAGGAUGUACCAAGUUGACGAUGAGCUUGGAGGGCACCAAGCGGGCGCCUUUCCCAAAGGACGAGCUUCAUGGAGCUUUGCUCACUGCCCUAGAGGCCGAGGCAAACCGCCUUGCGACAGAGGGCGGGGCCAUUGCAGUGUUCGAGAUGAAUCGGGAAGAGGCAGAAGCCAAGUAUGGAAACUCCAUCUACGAGCCUGCUCCGAAACCUGAAAAGAAGUCUGAGGAGGAACCCGAGAAACCGAAACCUCCAACGGUGCGACUGGCCCACUUGCCGGGCGCAGCUCUUGUGGAAAUCAAGAGCGACUGGACGCUUUGCUCAGCCACGGCUGAUUGCGGGAAAAUUGAGUUCUUGCAGAAGGAGGUAGAGGCAGGCUCCAAGAAGAAGCGUGAAACAAUGAUUAUGGUCAAACAGAAGAAGAUAAUGGUGAAGCUUCAAGUGCAAAACCCCGAUGCUCAGCCGGCUGAGAUGAAGGGUGGCGCGCCCAGCGAAGAAGUGGCCAAGGCUCUUGCAGACAACUCCGUCCGUGUGGUUGUUAAGGGCGUGGAUGAUGUGGAUCCCGCUGCCGAGGCAGCCAAAGCUACCGCUGCGGCCGCAGCUCCUGCCGCAGCGGCGACAGAAGAGGAGGAUGGCGAAGCAGUGGUGACUCCUUGGGACGUGGAGGGCAAGAUAGACUACGACAAGCUGAUUCGCGACUUCGGUUCCACAAAGAUCUCCCCUGAGCUGCUAGAGAGAAUCCGGAAGCUUACGGUGGGAAAAGGACGAGUUGACGACUUGCACUGCUGGCUGCGCAGGAACAUCUUCUUUUCCCAUAGAGAGCUGGAUGCCAUCUGUGCUCUGCAGGAGAAGGGAAUGCCCUUCUACCUGUACACUGGCAGAGGCCCAAGCUCAGCUGCGAUGCAUCUCGGUCACCUGUUGCCGUUCCUUUUCACCCAGUGGCUUCAGAAGGCCUUCAACGUGCCGCUGGUCAUCCAGAUGACUGAUGACGAGAAGUUCUUGUGGAAGGGCGCCUACGACCCAGACAAGGAAGAGGACGGUUACGACCUGGACAUGUACCGGCGCUUUACAAUCGACAACGCCAAAGACAUCAUCGCAUGCGGUUUUGACAAGAGCAAGACCUUCAUUUUUUCCGACUGCGACUAUGUGGGCCACAUGUACACGAACAUUCUGAAAACUCAGAAGUCGAUUACCUACAACACUGCCAAGUCUGCUUUUGGCUUCCAGGGAGACUCCAACAUCGGACAAUCUGCCUUUCCAGCGGUCCAGGCUGUGCCGUCCUUCUCCUCAUCCUUCAAGAUCCCUUUUGGGGACAACUCUCGUUUGCCCUGCCUGAUUCCUUGCGCGAUCGACCAAGACCCAUACUUCCGUGUCACAAGGGACAUCGCGCACAAGCUUGUUCCGAAGGACCAUCCUCUCAAGGGCAAGCCUUCCCUCAUCCACUGCAAGUUCUUCCCACCUCUGACGGGCGCACAGGGCAAGAUGGCAGCCUCCAAAACGAACACGGCGAUUUUCCUGACAGACUCACCUGAAGAUAUUGAGAAGAAGAUCACAGAGCAUGCCUUCUCAGGCGGCAGAGAAAAGGCCAAGGAGCAGCGAGAGAAGGGUGCGAACCUGGUGCCUGGGACACGUGUGUAG